AUGGACGAUGCUGCUAGAUCGUUGGAUCCCGUCACCCCCGCUGAUUUUCUGUCAUCAGUGGACGUUUGGAUACGUAUCUAUAAUAUUCCGGUGAAUCACUACAAUAUAGAUACAAUGAACUUCUUGGCUAGUAAGAUUGGGCAGGUGCUCGAGAUUACCUACGACCCAAAGGUCUCCCAAAAGGAGGCUUUCAUCAGAGCUCAAGUCAGACUUGACAUUUCUAGACCUGCCUUGGAGUCAAAGGUGUUGAAUCUACCACGAGGUGGAUCUGUGGUCAUCAAGUUUGAAUACGAAAAACUAAAGAAACGAUGCCAUAACUGCUUCCGUCUGACACAUGAGAGACCAGACUGUCCUCUGCUUCAUAACCGGAACAGAGGAUCUUCCUUGAAGAACCAGAGUCCCACUCAGCGUCCAGUUCAGUCCUCUCAACCUCAAUCUCCAGCGAAGGGGAAAGAGCUGUCUGCAAGUCCUACAGUCCCUCCUGGGUUCCAGCCUCUAUUCAAGGAGCUUCCAAUAGAAGAACGGAACGCGGCGUUGCUGUACAUAUCCCAUAGUGAUGAGACAGAACGUCUGGCUAGAAUUGCUCGGGUGCAGCAGUCCAUUAACAUCGGUCCGGAGCCUUCACUUCCUAAGAUAACUCAUGAUCUAACCAAGGGCAAAGGCCAUGUUUUCUCCUUUGAGGAACCCCAAAGACUCAACAAGAGGCAGAAUACCUUUGGUGUGGCCACUAGUGUUCAGAAUGAGUUUCAGAGCAAGGACAAACUUAUGACAAGAAGCUUCCCAUUGGAACUCGAAGGCGCCUCCUCUUCGUCACUAACUAGUCCUACGGGUUUUAGUAUUGGCACCUCGUUUGAGGCCCAAUCUUCCGGGUCUAAAAGUGGCGUUAAGAGUAGCAGGAAACGCCCGCAACGCUGGAAGCGUUUAGCAAUGAGAGCACAACGUGCUAAGGAGGAAGGGACAGUGGUUGCAGUAACAGAGGAAGAAAAGCAACAGGGUGAGUCCAACCCCAAGAGAAAGGCUGUUUUGAAUGUAGGAGAGCAUUCGUCUAAAUCUCCAAAACCAACCCCAAGUACGGUGGCUUCCAAUUUGAAGCCGCUGCCAUCCCAAUGA